GUAAUGUAAUGUAAAAUAAGUUUCACAUUAUAUUGCUGCAGGCUCCAGUUUCUGUUGUUGUGUCAAGCUCAUGGUCGGCCUCCUUUUGGGUGUUUUCAUAGUCUCACAUUGUGUUCACUGCCCUUUCUUUUCAAAACAGUAUCUAGUAUCUGCGGAUUUCACAGUAUCUUUACUCUAUUGCAACUCUGCUGUGGUUAGAAAGAAGAACUUAUUUCUCUUUUGUGCUUUGAGUCUUGAAAGUUGGUCAACCUGAGCUUGCAUUUCAAUACGAGGUUGUUUUUCAUUGUUCAGUUGUGAAACAGGAGAUGCUACCAACAUCUCUCCAUCUGCAUUCCUACGCGACUCAAUACAACACUUUACAAAGUGACAGGCUGCUAUUCUGAUUAUAAACACAGUGAUUUCUGAUAACGUUUGAUGGGCAACUUUGCUAUUUAAUGCACAUUUUAUGGACUAAAUGGAUGAUUGAAAAACAAUUAACCAAUUAUUAUAAUAAGGGAAAAUACACAGCAGAGACCUUAAAACAGUGGGAAGCCUUUGUAAUGGAGCACUGUGCCGACCUCGGAUGGUACAUCUUUACUCACUCUGUUCUUAUCAGGCCUUUUUCCUCAAUAGCAGCUCACUCCGUUUCUUCAGUUUUCUCUUGUCUUUUAGACAAAAGACUUUGCAAAGGUUUCAGGCUCCUCAUCCCAUUAGCUUCUGAGGCCUUCUUCGGCAGGGUGGCUGAUUAUACACACCCACUAUGAAGUCUUAAACCCUGCCUUUACUUCGCUGACCAACAGCAGACAACAAAAAAGAAAAGAAGCAAAUGGUUCUGGCUUCAAACUACAGAUUACCUCAGUAUUGGUGUGUGAGAUGAAAACAAUGGUAGGAAGCGGUCCUCCAGUCAUAUACACCUUUCAGUAUUUACGUGGCGAGUCCGUUCCAGUGGACUCCUCCAGUGGCCGUGAGGUCUUCCUGUUCACAGAAAUGGAGUGGUGCUACAGUUAGAAAGGACUGAGCAUGCUCUGUGGAGACUCUUCCGGAGAGGAGCACCGACAGAGGGAGCCACCAGGUCACAUGACCGGCGAGGUGCAUGCAGGGAAAGAAAAAGGAAAAGAGGAGCAAUCUGGUCGACACGUUCUCGUGCUCUCUCCCUCUCUCGAACACUCACACUCCCUCACACCCACACAGUCUCUCUCUCACUGUGACGCCUUCAUCUUCUCAAUGGAGGCCAUGAGAAGAAAGCAGCCCGCUGGUCUAGCCAAGGGCAGCGUGGAUAACGGUGCAUCCACAAAGAAAGAGGAACAUGAUGCCGCAAGCAACGGAGAGGAGAGACCAGAUGUAGACAAAGACGUAGCUGCUAGACUGUCCUCUUCCCCUCCAGCAGAGGCGAUGCUGAACGGCACGGAAUGUGACGCGGCGUGGCGCAGGAGCAGCCCGACGCGCGGCUCUGCCACCAGCAACAACAAGACUUUUCUGUUGCUCAACGAAAACGGCGCGCUGGACGCGGAGCCGCCGCACGGUUCCGUCACUGGGAGCAACGGAUUCAUUCUCACUAAGCAGCAGCAGGACGAGGGCGCCGGCUCCGGCUCUGCGGCAAAGCCGGGUCCGGGAGUCUCCCCCCACAGGACUAACUGGUUGCCUUCGGGCUCACCGACGGGGACACACACGACCAAAUCUUCCCCGGCAUCGGCGUCCGGGUGCGCGCAGAGUUCAGGCACGCUAAGGACUGACCCCAGUACGGGGACUACGUCGGGACAGGAGACAUCAGACACUAAGAACGGCACGGCCUCGUCUCCUGUCCCGGUUCCGGCAGCCGUCACGAUACACAGAGCGCGCAAGACCAUGUCCAGACCCGCUGUGACCCCGGCACAAAAGCUUCUUAACCGGGAAUUAAGGGAAGCAAAGAGUGCCAAAACGGAGACUCGCGUUGAACCCUCGCAGCAGCCCUCGGCGCAGAACCAUCUACCUCAGAAUAGCCCGGACAGUCCAGCUUCAGCACCAACCGCUUCAUCGCCAGUACCUCCGGCUGCUCCCGCUACACCUCCGGCCCCUCCAGCUCCCGAGGAUGCUCCGGACCCCCCGGCUUCUGCGGCUCCUCAAGCCAGUCCCACUCCUCCGGCUCCAGCCAAGCUCCAACUAGGUCCGUACUCGGGAGGGUUGUCGUUACGGAAGAAGAAGAGGAGGAUGGGAAUGUACAGUCUGGUUCCCAAGAAGAAAACCAAAGUGCUUAAGCAGAGAACUGUGCUGGAAAUGUUCAAUGAACUGCGAGAGUCCGCCAAGAGCCCUCAGGCUAAAGAGGUAGCGAACAUAAAUGGCGAGAAGUUCGAAAUUGCAUCUGAAGAAGAGGAGUCCGAGGAGGUGGAGUCUGAGGAAGAGGAGCGUCAGCAGCGGACAGAAGAACCCGUCAGCACCGUCCAGGAAGCAACAUCGGAACCUGUCUCUCAGAUGCAGGUGGGCGAUGAGGUGGAGUCUGAGGAGUCCGGAGAAGAAGAUGGAGAGGAGGAAGGCACAGAGUCCGACUUGAGCACCGAGUCCAGUCUGAAGAAGAAGUUGAAAAAGAAAAUGAAGAGCGACGGCCCGUGGCUCAAGCCGUCCAGGAAACGGAGGAGGAGGAGGAGGAGGAUAAAGGCCAAAGGUGAUUGUCACACGCACGUGGCUCGGGAAGGUAGAACAGACCUGGAGGCAGCGGAUCAGCCCGAAGCUUCAGCUCAGGCCGAGCGGGCGGACGGGGAGGAGCGCAUGCAGCUUUGCUCCCCGGAGUCCAUCAACCUCAACGAGCCCCCGAAGCCAACGGCUCCCCCACAGAACAAAGACACUUCGGGGUCCGUGAUCGAGGAAGCUCAAGAGCUUCCACUCUGCAGCUGCCGCAUGGAGACGCCCAAGAGUCGAGAGAUUCUCACGCUGGCAGACAGGAAGUGCAUGGCCACGGAGAGCGUUGACGGACAGCUGACCCGCUGCCAGGGUGCCAUACUGAAACAUGAAAUGAUGCGUCCCUCCAACUCUGUUCAGCUGCUGGUCCUGUGCGAGGACCACCGCAACGGCAUGGUGAAGCACCAGUGCUGCCCCGGCUGCGGCUUCUUCUGCAGGGCUGGGACCUUCAUGGAGUGCCAACCGGACCUCAGCAUCUCUCACCGUUUCCAUCGUGCUUGUGCGUCAGUGCUGAAAGGUCAAAGCUUCUGUCCCCACUGUGGAGAGGAGGCGGGCAAGGCCAAGGAGGUCACCAUCGCCAAGGCCGACACGACCUCUACUGUGCCCCCCGUGCCGGCGCUCACACACGGACCCGCUACGCCCGGGGUCCCCGAGGGCCGAGCGGACACCACCACCGGCAGCUCCUCUGUUCCUGCGUUGGGGGCGGAGGUCAGCGGCAGGGCCGACAGCUCGCUGUCGACUCCCUCCGCACACGGACUCGACACGUUUGCCGUUGCCGGGUCGUCCAGGACCUCAACGCCGCCGUCCGGGCUGGCGACAGCGGUGCUACCCGCAAUCCCUCCAGGACCGCCGAGAGAGACUCUGGAGAGCAUCCUGGUGGCGCUCGACACGGAGAAGCCAAAGAAGCUGCGCUUUCACCCCAAACAGCUUUACCUCUCAGCCAAACAGGGAGAACUGAAGAAGGUCUUGCUCAUGUUGGUGGACGGUAUCGACCCUAACUUCAAGAUGGAUUCUCAGAACAAACGCACUCCGCUCCACGCUGCAGCGGAGGGAGGCUACAAAGACAUCUGCCACAUGCUCGUGCAGGCGGGAGCAAACUUAGACAUGUGUGACGACGAUCAGCGCACGCCACUGAUGGAGGCCUGCGAGAACGACCACAUUGAGACGGCGCAGUACCUGCUGAGAGCUGGAGCCAGCGUCACGCACAAGGAUGUUGAAGGAUUCACGUGUCUGCAUCUAGCUGCAAAGUCUGGCCAUUACAACAUCGUUGAGCAUCUUCUCUCCACAGGCUUAAUCAACAUUAACUGUCAGGAUGAUGGAGGUUGGACAGCCAUGAUCUGGGCAACGGAGUACAAACAUGUGGACCAGGUGAAUCUGCUUCUGUGCAAAGGUGCCGACAUCAACAUAAGGGACAAGGAAGAGAACAUCUGCCUUCACUGGGCAGCGUUCUCGGGCAGCGUGGAGAUCGCCGAGCUUCUACUGAACGCCCGCUGCGACCUGCAGGCGGUCAACAUCCACGGAGACUCUCCUCUACACAUCGCUGCUCGGGAGAAUCGCUUUGAAUGUGUCACGCUCUUCCUCACUCGGGGAGCAGAUGUGUUUCUGAAGAACCGCGAGGGAGAGACUCCACCAGACUGCUGCAGCCACAACUCCAAGGCCUGGGCGGCCCUGCAGACCAACCGGAGGGAGAGGGACGCCAGGAGCACCAGGCUCUCUCGAGUGGAGGCGAAAGUCCUUCAGAGUGACAUAGCUCUGGGGCAAGAGAAGGUUCCCCUUCCCUGUGUCAACUCUGUGGACAGCGAACCAUACCCGGACGACUACAAAUACAUCCCCGAAAACUGUGUCACCUCCCCCAUGAACAUCGACAGGAACAUAACGCACUUACAGUACUGUGUUUGUAAAGAAAACUGUUCCACGAGUAUCUGCAUGUGUGGGCAACUGAGUCUGCGCUGCUGGUACGACAAGAGGGGUUGUCUGCUACCUGAGUUCUGCCGGGAGGAGCCUCCGCUCAUCUUUGAGUGCAACCAUGCAUGCUCCUGUUGGAGGACCUGCAAGAACCGCGUGGUGCAAAACGGAAUCAGGACCCGGCUUCAGCUCUUCAGGACCAGUAAGAAGGGCUGGGGUGUCCGUGCAGUACAAGACAUACCACAGGGGACCUUUGUAUGCGAGUACGUUGGUGAGAUCAUCUCCGAAGCCGAAGCAGAAAUGAGGCAGAAUGACACUUACCUGUUCAGCCUGGAUGAUAAGCCACAAGACCUAUACUGCAUCGACGCUCGUUUCUAUGGAAACAUCAGCCGCUUCCUCAAUCACAUGUGCGAGCCCAACCUGUUUGCCUGUCGAGUGUUCACGACCCACCAGGACCUCCGGUUCCCACACAUUGCCUUCUUUGCCAGUGAAAACAUCAAGGCUGGAGAAGAGCUCGGAUUUAAUUACGGCGACCACUUCUGGGAAGUCAAAAGCAAGUCGUUCAGCUGCGAAUGCGGUUCUUCCAAGUGCAAGUACUCGUCAGCGGCCAUGGCGUCGCUGCAGGCCGACAGCACACCAGAGGGCCGGCAGCAGCCCAGUGCGUCGCCCGACACCAGCUCUUCUAACGCCCCUACCAGCCCGUCCUAAAACCCCACCGCGCUGGGCUCCAUGUGCACCCAGCAGAUGGGACGCUCGAGGACUCCCGUGCGAUGCAGCCCGUCUGAACGUUAAUCGAUGGACUCGUACUCGAUCUCCACUCCUUAUUGGAAACACAGACAUUCUAGACAACCCGUGAAACACAGAUGCACAAUCAAAUUCUGGAAGAACUCGCUGCUGCUUUAUUCCAGCUCGUGCACCAUGAACAUCUUCAUGGUCAACGUGACAUCGACGUGACCCACGGCACAGUCACAGGGGACAAUAAAAAUACCUUACAUUCUUUAUACGUCAUAAAUAAUGUCACACAUUACUUUACUGGGAAGGCACACUGUGUCGUUGGUCGAUUUCUUUUAUUUUAAGAUAAUGGGUUUAAAUUGUUAUUUGGCUUUAAAAAAAAAAAUCAUUAUUAUGGAAACUCUGGGUCGGGAUGAGGGUAUCGUUGACUUUUGCAAAGACAACCUCAGCAUUGGGCUGGGUUUAACUUGUUCGACCUUUUGCGGUCAUUUAUCAUAAACCAUUCCAGCAAGAUUAGCUGAUAAAUAUCGACUUGCCACUUCUUUGUGUCCCUUCAUCAAUGUCCAACAUUCGCCACCGUGGUAGAUUUAAAAAUUGAUGAAUGAACUGAAACGAUGGGAAAGACAAAGGCGUGGCGCAUUAAAAAGUGGACUGUUUUGAGUAUAGAUUGUCAAGAGAGAAAGAUGCUGUAUCAUUCCUCCAAGACGAGGCGUUUCUGUUGUGAAUAAAUUGGUUGGCCGUUUUAUUAAGCAUGCUGCCACAGUUGUGGAAGAUUUCAUUAAACUGAAAUAGUUUAAAACAAGAAAAUGGUGCUGACAAAGAUUUUUGUUUUCAUUUUUAUUACCCAAUUGAACAUAGUUUGUAAGAUAAGAGAACGUUUUACGUUUUUUUAUGUUUUCAUUUUAACUCCACUUUUCUAAGCGUAGUUACUGUAGUUCGGCUAUUUUUGUUUCAUGAUUUUGUUGACAGAAGCCAACCAGUCUUUUUAAAUGUUGUUAGUAAAGCAGUGACUCUUGUGCAAAGUCUUGAAAGGUAUAAAUGACAAAAAAAGGUUAUUAAAAUGCAAUUCAUAACUUUCUGUUACAUAUUUCUGGACCGUGAACCAUUCACCUAAUUGGUUGUAUCUUUUUCAAUAAAUUUACUACUAAUGCAUUUAUUCUGA